UGAUAGAACAGUUGGAAUCAAUCGAAAAACAGUCAAGUUUUACAUUUAUUGGGAAUUUAAACCGCGUAUCUGGUAUUAAAAUACUGCAGCAUCGCCUGCAAUGUCAUUUGGACGAGCGAACCAGCAAUGGUCAACUUUUUCCAAAGCCUGGUACUUGUUGAAUGCUGACCGGCAACCUCCAGGCAAACUGGCAGAUGUUGCGGCCAAGUAUUUAAUGGGGAUGCAUAAACCUAUCUAUCAUCCAACAUCAAGGGUAGGCGACCAUGUCGUUAUUAUUAAUGCAAAGGAAAUUGCUUAUUCUGGAAAUAAAUGGGAGGAGAAGACUUUUCAUUCACACACAGGUCGUAAGAAAGGAAGAUUGAUGAUGCGAGCGUUUGAAGUUCACGAACUCGAUCCUACAUGGAUUGUGAAACGUUAUGUUUACCGUCGCUUGCCUAAAGGUUCAUAUGGAGGAAUGUAUAAACGGAAUUUGUUUCAAAAACUUCAUGUUUUUGCUGAUGAAAAUAUACCCGAAGAAAUAAAAGAAAACAUUUCUUUUGUAAUACCUCAACCGCGUAGGGUAUUUAAAGGAAUAAAUGAUUAUACUCAAGAAGAAAUUGACAAUUUCCCUAAAUUAUGGAUCCCUUCUCCAGAUUUUUUAAAAAGAUGAAGCUUGGUGAUCCUUUUACAACAUUUUAUUUUUCUCACAUUGAGCAUUUGCUGUUUUCUUAAAUAAAAUCAUUUGUUUAUGAAUGGAGCUUUUUGUAUCAUGA